AUGUGGUUCUUUGGCAGUUUUCUUUACGUUUGUAUUCUACUCAUCAACGCCGUCGCUGUCCUCUCCGAAGAUCGUUUUCUCGCGCGCAUCAAUCUCUCUCCCGCUUCUUACGACCCUGCGUUCGGCGCUGGCCCCGAUGCCAGCGUCAAAGCCAAGAUCAUCAAUCUCAUCGCGAGUGUCCGAACCAUCAUGAGGAUGCCACUGAUCUUUGUCAAUUCCGUUAUCAUCCUUUAUGAGCUCAUACUUGGUUGA